CGGACGCGGCUCCCACCCACUCCCGGGGCCCGCGGCGAGCGGCGCGGGGGCGGAGGAAGGGGCGGGAGUUUGCCGGCCGGCCGCUGGCUGCAGGAAGGGGAGGCCGCCAGGGCAUCUGCGCUGCGCUAGGGGCCUCGAUGAGCUCCGGGCCGCGACUCCGCGGGGUUCGCCCUGCAGGUGAGGAACAAAAUGUGACAGAAAUGGACGCCUUCCGUAAGAGUGAAGUAUUUGAUCCGGCAGAAAAGUACAAAAUGGACCACAAGAGGAGAGGAACUGCUUUAAUCUUCAACCACGAGAGGUUCUUCUGGCAUUUAAUGUUGCCAGAACGGCGGGGCACCAGCGCAGACAGAGACAAUCUUACACGCAGGUUUUCAGAACUAGGAUUUGAAGUGAAAUGCUUUAAUGAUCUUAAAGCAGAAGAACUACUACUCAAAAUUCAUGAGGCGUCAACCUCUAGCCACACGGAUGCCGACUGCUUUUUAUGUGUUUUCCUGAGUCAUGGUGAAGGCAAUCACAUUUACGCAUAUGAUGCCAAAAUUGAAAUUCAGACACUGACUGGCUUAUUCAAAGGAGACAAAUGUCAAAGCCUAGUUGGAAAACCCAAGAUAUUUAUCAUUCAGGCGUGUCGGGGAGACCAGCAUGACGUGCCAGUCAUUCCUCUGGACGUAGUGGAUCAUCGGACCGAUGCACCGGAGGCCAACGUCACCCAGGUGGAUGCAGCCUCCGUGCACACGCUGCCCGCUGGGGCUGACUUCCUCAUGUGCUACUCUGUGGCAGAAGGCUAUUAUUCUCAUCGGGAAACUCUGAAUGGCUCAUGGUACAUUCAAGAUUUGUGUGAGAUGCUGGGGAAAUUCGGCUCCUCCUUGGAGUUCACGGAACUCCUCACUCUGGUGAACAGGAAAGUCUCUCAGCGCCGAGUGGACUUUUGCAAAGACCCAAAUGCAAUUGGAAAGAAGCAGGUUCCCUGCUUUGCCUCAAUGCUAACUAAAAAGCUGCAUUUCUUUCCAAAAUCUAAAUGAUAGGGACUAUUUUGUUUUAUGUAUCCAUAUUCAAAACAGAUUUUCCAUCUUUUUAUAUAAAUAAAUACCACUAGGUUGAAAUUUAUGAUAAAGUGAUUUGUAGUCUUAAAGGUUUAGUGAGAACUUUAAAGAAUAGUUCAUAUUGGUAUUAGACAUGGUGAAAGGGUUUUGAUAAUGUGAAAUGAAAUCCUCAGGGAGUUACUAUAAAAAUCCACAAGGAUUUGUAAUACUUGAUUUUUAUAGUAAAUCACAAGGUUACUCUCAAAAUAUCUGGUUCAUUUAACUUGUAUUUUGUUUUUUAUAAAAGUUUUAUAGUGUUUUUAAAGGUUUUUGAAAUCCAAGAAUUAGUUGUUUUUCCUUAAUAAAAUAUUUGAAAUUCA